CAGUGAGCUGCUGCUGCCGCUCGCCUGAUUGAUAUAUGACUGCAAUGGCACUUUUCCAUUUGACAUUCUCUCUCCCUCUCUCUCUCUCCCUCUCUCUUUCUCUCAAACAACAGCCCUAACUUUUGUGUGUUGCAAAUAUAAAAGGCAAGCCAUGUGACAGAGGGACAGAAGAACAAAAGCAUUUGGAAGUAACAGGACCUCUCUUUCGCUCUCAGAAGAGUGUGAGGGAAGGAAGGAGCGGCACAUUUUCCAAAGCCAUGUAGAAGAUUCUUUGAUGGAUUACAACCUCAACAAAACGCCAGCUUAAAAAGAACAAUGACAGCCAAGAGACUUAAACCAGGUUUUUCAUCUUUCUUGAAAGGAACUGAGUCCCAGUAUUUAGAGUUUUUUUAAUACUCUACCUCCCUCUGCUGUUAUUACUGAGAAGUUCUUCAGCAAUGGGAAAUCAUGUACUAGCAGCUUCUAUUUCCAUGCUCUCCCUUCUUGCAAUAAUGGGAGACACGGACAGUAAAACGGACAGUUCGUUCAUGAUUGACUCAGACCCAGGUCGCUGUAUGAGGCAUCACUAUGUUGAUUCCAUCAGUCAUCCAUUGUACAAGUGUAACUCAAAGAUGGUGCUGCUGGCUCGUUGCGAGGGACGCUGCAGUCAGACAUCACGCUCUGAGCCGAUGGUCUCCUUCAGCACAGUCCUAAAACAACCAUUCCGUUCUACCUGCCACUGUUGCCGGCCCCAGACCUCCAAGCUGAAAGCAAUGAGGUUGCGCUGCUCAGGUGGCAUGAGGCUCACUGCUACCUACCGCUACAUCCUGUCCUGCCAUUGUGAAGAGUGCAACUCCUAGUGGGGACACCAGCUGCAAUGAGAACAGGCGGGACACUGCUCCCAGAAAACAACCCCAGCCACUGAGAACUCACCAGCACGCUAUUAAAGUAUUCCUACUACCAGGGCUCAUCAAGCUGGAUUGGAUUUGAGAGGUAGAAAAUGAAAGACACUGAGACCCUGGAUUGUGCUGAUUGUGAAAACAAAGACAUCCAUCUGCUAGUCUGUGCUGAAGACAAAACCCUGGAGACAUGAACCUUUUUUUCCCCCUGAAAGGAUACUUUGGGGGUAUAUUUUCAGGCUCAGCCUCUCUUCUGCUUUGAAUAAGGACUGAUGGGAGUUUUAUUUUUUUUGCCGGUGAACAAUAAAGACACACAGAGAGAACAACAAGGGUCCGUCUGCUGGAGAUACUAUAUUCUACAAGAGUUGACAUUGGGAAGCAGGAUGGCUCCAUUCCUGCAUAUGACUGCUUAUUGUGUCAUUUUAUUAUAUUGCCCUUCAGAAUGAACUGGGUUGAUGGUAAGGGAUAUAUGUUACUUGAUCUGGCAGACAAGUUCUGGACUAUGUUAACUGUGGUUUAGCUGAAAUUACAAAUAAAUAAUAGAAAAGUGAACUGGAUAGCGAACGAGGCAUGGGAAUUGUCCAGCUCUAAAUGGUUCAAAUGAUUAUUUGUAGUCGAUUGCAUCACAGCUUGGUGUCUGAGUGACAUUUAGAAAGAAAAAAGUCAUGCAGUUCAUUCUUUCUCCUUUAAUAUCCUGGGGGUGAUCAUUAUAGGCAGACUGUAGCUGUCACAAAAUGCACUAAUGAAAAACUAGAAACUAAGCACCAGUUUACAAUUUAAAAAUGGAGCCUCUUAAACAGAAUCUCUUCUUAAACUGGGCUGGUCUCAGGAGGAACAGAUCCCAGAGCUGCCAGAAUAAUAAUAAUAUGUAGGAAUACUUUUUAUCCAUAGAUCUCAAAGUACUUUAUCCAAAGUGAGUAAGUAUCAUAUCCCUGUUUUAAAGAUAAAGAAUCUGAGGCACAAGGGAGGUAAUUGAUCUGCCUACAACAAGGCCGUGGCAGAGCCUGAAUCCCAGUUGUGUACUAAUUAUUGGAUCAUGCUGCUUCUCUGCAAGGGAGGUUCUGACCACCAGUUGCCUUCCCCUCUAGGACCACUAUUGUACAAGGAAAAAGGCCUAGCUCAUGAGUUACAGAGGUUGCCUGGCAUGCAAACAGAGGUGAUGUGGGGGGCGGGGAGGGGUCGGGUCACAUGGCCCCCCAAUUUGCUGCUUGGCUUGUACUGAGCAUGCUUACAUGGACUGAGCAUGAUCAGUAACAUAUGCUGAAGCCUCUGCCCUCAAUGUACACCUCCCGCACCCCUCCCCACUAUUGGAAGGCCGUUGUCUCUGCAAAGUUUCAAAAAACGGUGCCCCUAAGUGGUAGAUUACUUUAUUUGUAGUUAAAGCUGGCUCUGCUCUUAAACAAUUAGCUUUUGGGAGGGUCAGUUGAACAAUAAAUACCUAUAGCCUUCCACAAGGCGGAAACUAUGUAAAUUUAUUUGGAUCUUGGCUCCUAUUAAUGGCGAUAUACUGAGUAGGACAGUCAGCCUGCUACAGAAUCUCUUCCCUGCACCCAGAUCAACCUAAACAGGUGUUCCAUGUGAGACAGUCAAAGCCAAAGAAGCAGAGAGCUCAUGGAAGCUUCUUUCAUGGCUCAUAAUACCAGAUUCAGUCCAGCUUCAAAUCAGCACUGACACCCAGCUGGAAUAUGGCUAAAGUCCAAUAGUUACUCCAGCAGUAAUCUGAAUGUCAUUGCACAAUGAUGAAUAGGAGGGGCAGAGGUUGGGGUUGGGAGUGGGUAGUCAAAUCCAGAAUGCAGCCCAUCUGUUGUAUGCCAUCUAAUCUGUCUUGAACAAUUCUAUAUAUAGCAACCAGGCUUUUGAGUUACAUCACAGGGAAUCCAUUGAGCAUGCUCAAGGAGUCCCCAACGUCUUUCUCUAAUAUAAAGAAACAGAUUAAGUGGCCUGAAAGUGGGAAGUGAGCAUUUCCAUGGCUUAUAUAUGCAUUACUGUGGUCGACCACGCAGAGCCAAUGUCCUUGACCAUUACUGCCCCAGGAGUACUGUGGGAAGUAGCGACAAGUGGCAGGCAUAUACUCAGCUGAAUUAUGGAGCAGGAUAUAAAUCAAUAAAAGUAGAAAAUGACUGGGGCCAAAUGUACACAGACACUUAUAGAUAUUAGUGAUAGAUAGGUGGUAUAGACUGAAAAGGAUAGCCCCUGUCUGCUGGAGAGUAUCUUGUCAUUGAUGGCCAGUUUUAAAUAAGAACUCUUAAAGCUGUGGAUGAAGAGUGAAUCAAAUUGUUUUGAGCUAUGUAGCUCAUAGUCAAAUGCCAAGACCAUGACUGAAGGACCACGAUGAGAUCAUUGGACAUGAUUCAUUAUUUCAUUCUGAUGUUAAUUCUUUUCAUAUCCGAUGAAUGGUUUGAACAUGACAGAUAGGUGUGUGUACUGAGCAUUAUCACUUAACUAGUUUGUACAAGACCCUCACCCCCAACCAAAGGAACAUUUUUGUGUGUCUUUUUGUCUGUCCAAACUUCAUUAUCUAAAAUUCUUCAUUAUCCACAACAGGAUCGUGUCUCCAUAUUAAUUAUAUAGAAAAUUCCCCUGAUUAUCUGAACCAUUAAUAAUCUAAAAUUAUAGUGCCCUAAUACAUUUUCAGUUUUAUCUUUAAUAACUACAUACUAUUACCUCAAAAUAUACAAAGUAUCCUGUACUUAGGAUAGAGAAUUCUGCAUGAGCUGAAGUCAUGUUAUUUAGUUAUCAAAGGUAUUGGAAACAUUUUAAGGGUAACUGCUGGUAUUCAGUGUCUCGCCCCUUUUCCCCACCACAUGACAUCAAGGGGCAGAGCCUUAGCUCCACUGAAGUCACUAGGGCGCUGACAAUUUACACAGGCUAAGAAUCUGCUGCUUGAAGCUUUUACUGUACAGUAGCCAAUGUCUCAAGCUAGACAGGACUGGAUUGAUGAAUAAUACCAAAUUGAAAAACUCAUUGGUUUUGCUGUUGCUCUCCCUCUCUUUGGUAAGAAGAGAGGUGGGAUUUAAAGAAAGACUUUCACACCAGAGCCAACUUAGAAAAAAGAGAAUAUUUAUAGUGAGAGAAAAACUUGGGAUACAUUUAUUCCUGUGUCCCUUUUCCAUCACAAUGCAAGAGCUAUUAUUGUGACAAUAGGUCUCCUAGAAGAUAUUUGUGUUUUAACAAAAGCUUUCUCUCACACCCAAGAUUCCUUCUCCUUCUCUUGAUCCUACAGUGACGUCAUCUCCUUGUAACCUCAAAAUCUGUUGCCAGGCAAAUAAUUAUGAUGUCACUUCAACUUGUUUUUACUUAAUUAUAGGGUCAAAUAAAUAUAAUAGAAUUGGGACAUGAAGGUGUCAACCCUAUUUGCAAACAAGUUGAAUUGGUAAAUAACAGACUCUGAGCCAAAUCUUUAAGUUCUGACUUGGUUUUUGCUUAGCCCUUCCUCAGGUAAAACUUGUAUUGACUUCAGAAGAUAAGGACUGAAGGCCUAGUUUUCAUGUAGCAUGGGAAUUGUCCAGCCCUAGACAGUUGAAAUGAUUACUAGUAGUGGACUUCAUGACAACUCAGUGGCUGAAUGAUGUUUAGAAAGAAAAAGGUCAUGCAGUUCAUUUUUCCUCCUCUAACAUCCCUGGAGGUAUCACUACAGCCAGACCGUAGCUGUUACUAAAUGAAUGUCUAAAAUUUAGCCCCUAAAUCCAUAUUUUGACAUCUACAUAUCCAUUUUAGGCAACUAAACAAAGUACAUACAUCUUCAGUUAUGUGCAACAAUAUGGAUUCAAGUGCCCCAUGUAGAACAACCAUCUUUGAAAACAAAGGACCACAGGAUUUGACUCAUUGUGAGAGAAAAUAUGAAAAUUAAAUAACUUUGUUUCCUUAGCAUGAGAUUGUACUUGAUACAUAUCUGAUAUGUUCUGAAGGUUUGACUACACUCUAAGUUCCUUUGUAAUAAUGUUGUUCCUUGAGAACAGAAAGGGAUAAUUGUCUAGAUAAUUUUGAGGAGCGGGUUCUUUGCCAUAAUGUCCUCUCCUCAGCAUCUGAAUGUGUGUGUCUGUGUGGUUUUUCUUUUUCCACUGAGGUUCACCCUUCCUGAAGAAGGAUCCUGCCCUUUCUUCCUUUCGCUCCAUAAUGUUCCUAAUGUGUGGGCCACAAAAUCAGAACCCCAAUAAUCUCUUCUGUAUCCACAUCUCCCAUGGUGUAGUACACAGCAUCAUGCUACCCAAUUAGUUUACUUUUUAAAAUGAU